CUUGCCUCGCUGUGCCAGCGGCAGCUGCGCCGCCUCGUGGCCAAAGUGCGCAACUGCGGCGGGCGGCGCAGAGCCCGCGAGAAACCGCCCGGUGAGCGCGGGGGGUUGGGGGAAUUGGGGAAAUUGGGGUCAUACUGGUCUAUACUGGUCCAUACUGGUUUUUACUGGUAUUUUCCCCCCCCAGCGCUGUUCAACCUGAUCCCGGUCGGGCUCCGCGUCGUCGCCCUGCAGGGCGCCCGGGCCGGGCGUUACGUGGCCAUGAACGGCGCCGGCGUCGUCUACACCUCCGUGAGUGCCCCAAAAUCCCCAAAUCCGCCCCAAAAAUCCCAAAUUCCGCCCCGAAAGCCAAAAAUCCGCCCCGAAAUCCCA